AUGUUCAACGAAGAGGCAUGUCUUGGAACUUCGCGUGGAAUAGAGAAAUUAAGGAGUCUUAAUGACGCGCUCAAUGCGAGGGUUGUCAAAGAGAUUAACGGUUCACAAGAAUUAUUGAUGCUUACGAGUUUCGCGAGAGAAUCUAACGAGUACCAGUUCAAAAAGUCCCUCCAAGAUAGAAUAUCUGAUGUAGCCUCGUGGCGUUGGGUCUUAGAAGAUUUGCUGAAGCGACUAGAUGAGGCUAUUGGAUCUUUAAAAUACGAACACAACGCAUUGUAUACAGUGGUACAAAGGAUUCGGGAUGAAUUAAAUUAUCAUUCUAGAGAAGCGUCUCGACCAGGAGCGAUCUGUCCUCUAACAGAUAUGGUAGAGAAAGCCAUAGUGCAGGAGUUUGAAUAUCUCCGUAGCCAGCAGAACAAUUUCCAAAAACUAAUUUUAGAAUUAAAUAAACAAACGUCUGCAAUAGAGAAAACUAUGAAGAAAAUUGAAAAUGAUGUUCUCAAUAAAUCACAAUCCUUAUCUAUAGAUGAAACGUGCGCGAACAAAGAUUAUAAGAAUGUAGUGGUUGAAGAGAAGAAGAAAAAACGAAAAAAAGGUUUCCCUGUGGCACGUUGGUUAAAACGAUGUACAGCUUUGAAGAGAGCUGGUCUAAAGGCCCUCUGCAACGCUAUCAUAACACGACAACAGGUUCGACAAGCUAGAGUACAAUUGUCGAUAGCCGCUCAAGCAUAUGCUUUAAAAGUUGAUGCUGUACUGAGAAGAAGACUUUGUUCGAAUAAAAUCAAGUUACAAGAUCUUAUAUGGCAAAGAGAAGAGGCAAUACGAGAUUACACAUCGUUAGAGGAAGAAUUAUUAUCUGCAGAAAAAACCCUUAUAGCAACUAUGGAUCAUGAACGUAUCGUCGAAGCCAGAUUGAGCGAACGUACAAGAAGACCAAAUCAAGAACUUAUAAAAGACGAUGUUAAUAGAAAGUUGAGGGACGAACAAACUCAAUUAAAAAAAAAUGGGAAAGGAUUGCGAAAUAAUAUUGAGAGAAUUACAAAGUUGCAAAAUGAGCUGUGCAAUGCGAUAGCCCAUAUAGACAGCUGUGCAGAGGAUCUAGUGCAAGUAAUCAAUUUAGAUGAAGAACGUGUAAAGGGUCGUCGAGGAGAGCAAAGCGAUUCUCCUGCGAUUCCAUCACCAUCUAUCAAUUCCUCAUUGAGAAGUCAUUCUCAAGUACAGGAGAAUCAACUGAGUGUUAUUCAGGAAGAAGACGAAGAAUAUCCGUUUAACUAUUGAUUUUCUGAAGUUAAUUUGUCUAAAGACUUAAGCUAACGUUUAUAAAUGUU